CAGAGAUGCUUCGCUAAACUUGAGGAGUUACAUUGCUCAGUCGAAAUAACAUGGAGAGGGUGCUCUGGGCGGUGCUUUGCAGCUGCGGCAAAGUCGAGUGCGCAAGGAAACAGUAGAAGAAAGAGUAUAAAAAAAACAAUGAGUGAAGGCAGAAAGUUUCAGUGAAUGGGGAGAGGAAUGAGUGAUUAGUUUGUGUUUAUAAGUCUAGUGUAUGAUAUACGACUAACUCAGUGUGCGGCGCUCAGCAGACGCCAUGGCUGCUCAGUGCGAGUCUUUGAGCGGAUACUUGCAACAAUCGGACCCGGGCUCGAACAGCGAGCGCAGCACAGACUCUCCUGUCCCCGUCUCUGAAGAUGAUUCAAGCGGGCCCCAUGCCCCACCAGAUCCGGAAUGGACCGAGGAGAGGUUUCGUGUGGAUCGCAAGAAACUGGAAGUCAUGUUACUAGCUGCCACAGAGGGGAAGGUCAACAGUGGAGAGGAUUUCUUUCAGAAGAUUAUGGAAGAAACUAAAACCCAGAUUGCGUGGCCUUCUAAACUGAAGAUAGGUGCCAAGUCUAAGAAAGAUCCGCAUAUCAAAGUCUCUGGAAAGAAGGACAAUGUGAAGGAAGCAAAAGAAAAGAUAAUGUCCGUUCUUGACACCAAAAGUAACCGGGUCACGCUGAAAAUGGAUGUGUCUCAUACAGAACAUUCCCAUGUGAUCGGCAAAGGGGGCAACAACAUCAAGAAAGUAAUGGAGGAAACUGGGUGCCAUAUACAUUUCCCAGACUCCAACAGGAAUAACCAGGCAGAGAAAAGCAACCAAGUAUCAAUUGCAGGACAGCCCGCUGGUGUGGAGGCAGCCAGAGCCAAAAUCAGGGAACUUCUUCCCUUGGUACUGAUGUUUGAACUGCCUGCGAUUAUCCAGCCCAACCCGGACCCCAACUCCCCAGCAGUGCAGCACAUAUCCCAGACCUAUAACAUUUCAGUGUCCUUCAAGCAGCGCUCCAGAAUGUAUGGUGCUACUGGCAUUGUCAGGGGGUCCCAGAACAACACCACGGCUGUCAAGAGAGGGACUGCUUUGCUGUUGGAUCACCUGGCUGGCAGCAUGGCCAAUGCCAUCUCUGUGAGCACCCAGCUCGAUAUAGCACCGCAACAUCAUCUCUUCAUGAUGGGCCGCAAUGGCAGCAAUAUCAAACACAUCAUGCAGAGAACAGGCGCCCAGAUCCACUUCCCCGACCCCAGCAACCCACAGAAGAAAUCCACCGUCUACCUCCAGGGAACCAUCGACUCUGUCUGCUUGGCCAGGCAGUAUCUCAUGGGUUGCCUUCCUCUUGUGUUGAUGUUUGAUAUCAAAGAAGGCAUUGAAGUGGAACCACCCUGUAUUACCCAGCUGAUGGAGCAGUUAGAUGUCUUCAUCAGCAUCAAACCAAAGCCCAAACAGCCAAGCAAGUCUGUGAUUGUAAAGAGUGUGGAAAGGAAUGCCUUAAACAUGUAUGAAGCGAGGAAGUGCCUCCUGGGCCUAGAAAGCAGUGGGGUAACGAUACAAUCAAGCAGCUCUUCCACUGUCAUCUGCCCUGUGGGCCUGGAUAUUCUGGCUUCAGCCGGACUCGGUCUCACCAGCCUAGGCCUCUUGGGCCCCACGUCGUCAUCGUUAAAUAACUGUACUGCUGCCAACUCGCUCCUGAAUGCCCUCAACAGUUCAGUCAGUCCCCUGCAGCACUCCAGCUCAGGCAGGCCCAGCCCCACACUUUGGGCAACCUCACUUGCUAGCCCGACAAGUGCCCCAGGCUUCUCUUCACCCCUCAUGAUGCACCCAUCAACACAGGCCACCCUGACCAAUAUUUUCCUGUCAGGUGUCCAGGGUUAUGCACAGAACACACCCUCUCCUCCCCCCGGACUGGCCCCAAUUGACAGCCAGGUCAACGGCUUAUCAGAAACCAGCAAGAAUCUGUCAUCUCUCAAUGGACAUGUCAAGCAUUCCAAUUCGGUAUACAGAAGGUUGUCCGGGGCUUGCCUAGCUGAUAAAGUCCUUGGUGGGAAUCACACAGACUCUUCAAAUGAGAGCAGUGGCCACAGUCCCACAGAGCAACUAACUGGCAAAUCCAGCCCUGACGAAGUUUCGAAUGAUGCCUUUGUAGAAGUAGGCAUGCCGAGAAGUCCAUCGCACUCCGCAAACAGUAAUGAGCUGAAACAGAUGCUGGGUUCUUCAAAAUCGUCAGCUGGCAAGAGGCAGGCAGUGGAGCUUCUACAAGGCACCAAGAAUUCACACCUGCAUACAUCGGACCACUUGCUUUCAGAUUCGGAUUCCAGUGCUUCGGAAAGCCCACUGGCUGAUAAGAAGGCUCCAGGGAGCGAGAGAGCUGCAGAGAGGGCAGCCCAGCAGAAUUCUGAGAGAAUUCGUCUGGCGCCGCCCUCUUUUGCCAACAUGCAGGUACUCACUGCAUUUGACUAUGAACAAAAGAAGCUGUUAGCAACCAAAGCAAUGCUGAAGAAACCUGUGGUAACAGAAGUGCGAACGCCCACAAACACCUGGAGUGGGCUGGGAUUCUCCAAGUCAAUGCCGGCAGAAACCAUCAAGGAACUCAGAAGAGCUAACCAUGUGCCCUACAAGCCCACCAUGUCAACCACUUACGAGGUUUCCCCCCUGUCUCUCUCGCGGUCGGACAAUCAGGAGGGUUUGGGGAGCGGCAGUGAUUCUGAUAACUGGAGGGAGAGGAACGGGAACGGCACCUUGGCUCACUCCGAAUUCCCAUCAGCCAUUGGCAGCCCUAAAAGAAAACAAAACAAAUCAACAGAACACUAUCUAAGCUGCAGUAACUACAUGGACUGCAUCUCCUCAAUGACUGGCGGCAACGGCUGCAACCUGAACGGUUCUUUCAAGGGAUCAGAUCUGCCUGAGCUCUUCAGCAAGCUGGGGCUGGGGAAAUACACAGACGUAUUUCAACAGCAAGAGAUUGAUCUCCAGACAUUCCUAACGCUGACAGAUCAAGAUUUCAAGGAGCUUGGCAUUACUACAUUUGGUGCUAGAAGGAAAAUGCUGCUUGCAAUCUCAGAACUGAACAAAAACAGAAGAAAACUUUUCGAGCCUCCAAGCAUCCGCUCUUCGUUCCUGGACGGCGGGGUCAGCGGGCGGCUGCCUCGUCAGUUUCCCUCAGACAUUGCCAGCGUCAGCGGCAGAUGGUAGUGAACUUUGGUUUUCCUAUCGAGUAGGACCAGUCUUGCAAAAUUGAUGUCGACUGAAGUGCAUCUUAAUCCUGUGGACAGCUGUCACUGCACAGAUCCAUCCGCACAGAGAGUUUGGGCAUCGUGGACCAAAGCCUGCCUCAUGUAAAAGUGCUUGUGCCAAAAACAAAAAAGCACCAGCUAAUUGAUGUUUUUGUAAUGCCAAAUGUGGUACUAUGUUCUUAUAUGUAGAUCAGAGAAGAUUCUGAGUAUUCAAAUUUGUAUGAGAGAACACAAUCCAAUGCACUGUGGGAUCAAAAGAGGAAAUAUCAGAAUGGGUAGAGAAGUAUCCGCAGAUAUUAUUUAUAAAAAGUGCCUAGUGUAUUGCUAGGUGAAGUUUAAAAGCCCCUUCUGCACUUUACAAAUCCUAGAUUCAUGGCCUGUGGAAAUGUAUUUCUCUGAUUUCCAUAUAAAAGUUUGUUUUGUUAGCUCUGGUAAUGCUUAAUCUUUCUAGAUUGUGACCAAAUGUAAGCAGAUGAAGUUCUUUUUUUGUUUUCAUAGCUGAUAAGUCCUUAUAAAUAGGUAAUUGCUCACAAAAAAUAUUAUGGGUACAACAUAACUCGGCAGCAGCCCACUAAACUGUUUUUUAUUAUUUAUUUUAUUCUGAAUAAUUUUACAUAAUUUCUUUUUUUAAUUUAAUGUAUUUUCUUUCUUGAUUCUUUUCCUCCUUUUAGUUUUAGAUUUAAACGCAUUUCUGUAAACAUUCCUGUUUUCUUUGCAGUCUCAUUUUUAAUUUUCAUUAUUUUAAAUGUAAUAUUUUUAACAUGAGGUAUUAAUUGACAGUUUUGCUCCUUUUUCCCCCUUCAUCUUUUCAAAUCAAACCUUCUAGUAUGAGGCUGGCUGUGUUAGUUCCUGGACCAGCAGCCUUUGCUGGUUUCAAGUGUAUUCACAUAUAACCUCUCUCUUUCCCCAAGUCCAUUCUGAAAAUAGACAGCUUUGGCCUACGAAUGUUUGUGGAGUACUGUAGUUAUUCCACAAAUGAGAAUGGCUUCAUGAGGGAGAUAGACACAGCACUCCCAUGAAUAUUUGCUCUGUUGUGUUGAAUACCAGAAAAAUGAUUCAGCAUUGGAACUCUCAACAGACACUUGUUAUAUAAAGGUUUGUAAAGAUUUGAAUUCUCUGUAUUAGUCUUAUUUUUUUUCUUUUAUUUGGGCCUCUGGCUCCUGUUUUCUUGACUUUUCACUUUUUUUGCUAUAGGGAGGGAUAAAAAGGAUGGUUCACCAUAAAUGUAGAGUUGGUGCUAAACACAUACUGUAGGUCAGUCGUGUUGACAGUACUGCAGCAUGCUGAAUCAAUUCAGCAUCUUGCCUUACCCUGGGUAUUAUUUUUCUGCUCUUGCUGGAAUUUGCUGCCUCUAUGCUAUUGGUCUCCCUCUGGUUUAAAUUAAAGGCUGUCACUUGAGCCAGUACACACUACAGACGCAAUACAACAGCGUCGAUAAAAACUGUUUUAUUUGGAAGAGUCAUUCACACAUCUACGUACAAUCUACAUGUUGUAGUUAUCUCUAGUUAUACAUUUUUAUUAUUAUUUUUGAUCAACAACAUUAUUAUAUAAAAAAAAAAAAUGUUUGCUUGUUGUAAUACAGGAAAGGAAGAUGUAUAUUGUUGUCUGUCAAUGUAAGAAGUGUAUUUUAUCUUAUACUGUGAAUUUCAAAGUAUUGAGAUGUUUGGGUUUUUUUGUGCCAGUUUUACACAUGAGGGGUAUAUGAGGGGUUAUUUUGUAAAUGAAGUAUAAUCAAGUGCCCCUUUCUUUAUUCUGCUUUAAUCAUUUGAAGUCAUUGAUUGUCUGUCAGAAUACCUUUUCUACAGGAAGGACUAUGAAGUAUCUGUACGGUAUUAUUAAUAAGGUACAAAGAUUUCGAAUCAGAUGUUAACCACUGAAGGUGUGUUCUUGUAACUAGCUUUGUAUAUAAAAUAAGCUUAUAUGUUAAUGUUGAAUAAGUUUUGUUUUUUCAUAAGAAAAUAAAUAAUACAUUUUCAAAAGAAAGUGUUACACACAACAGUUGAAGAAACACUUUCACACGUUUAGCGGUAGGGUUAUUUGCCAGUAGAAAUGCAUUAAUGGUAUUUCUUGGAUCAUAUUGUCUUGUAUAGUUAAUCAUUUUCUCAGUUUUACAUUGCUGGUUAUACAGUCCAAUAUAGCUAACUGCAUUACUUUUAUGAUUAAUGGGAACAAACUAUAAUCACAACUUUCCACUUGUUUUUUAGACUAGUUUUGUAGGCAUUAGCUUUACAAUGCCUAAUCUUUACUAAAACGUGCACUUUCAAUUGCCACGUUUUCUAAUAGCCUGUGUUUGAGCUUGUUGGCUGAUUUUAUUUUUUAUAAAAGCAUCUGUUUGUUUUUGGACAUUGUAAUUGGAUUUUAUAUUCAUUCAUUUCCAUUAAAGAGUGACUGAUAACCAAGGCUAUUAAAUACCUUUUGAUUGAAAUUGUAUUGAGAUUAACAACAUCCCCACUAGUCCCUUUUUAACUAAACAAUCUAUCUAACUAACUAAACAAUUUGAAGAAGUCUUACCACUUGUACAUUGUGUACUGUAACUCUCAAAUGUGCAUUUCUGAAAGAAGCACAUGUUAUAACAAACUUCUAUUUUCCAGGUUAAGUAAAAACAAAAUCUGUUUAGGUAGUCUUGCAUUUCCUUGAUAAUUUCCUUUGGUCAGUGAAAUAGUCAUUUUAAUAUCUUGUCCUGUCGUUUUAAUAACCAGUUGCAGCCAGUAACAUGCUUUGAUCCCAAAGACAAUGCUGAUGUGAAAUGACCCAGGAAGUGAAACAGUAGCAGACUACCUGAAAGAAAGGCAAGAAUAUUGAGUUCAUUAUUUUCAAUCUCAUGUGCUUCUUUCAAAACUACAUUACAAAGUGCACAACAGGAAAGAGUUCUGAAAUUGUUGUGUUGCCUAGAACCACUGUAAUUAGGCAUUUAUAGAUCUAACAGCUUCAGAAAGCUUGCAAUUCUCUUCAUGGUAUUGGAUAAUUUUCGUUAUCAGACUCAAACUAUAUAUGGUCUUCCAGAAUGAGGCCUUCCCAGACACUUGGAAUUGACCUUUUCUACCAGAAGUGAUCAAGUACAGGGAAGAAGGAAGGGUAAAGAAAAACACAAAGAAUUUCAGCACAACAUUAAAGCUAAUACAAGUUAACUGCAUUAUAAUGCCAUGGUUGUCACUCCUUUAAAUGGUCUAGAUUACAAUGUGUAUUGUUUUGUUUAUCCUCCUUUAUGAUUGCAAACGUUUACAGCGGCUCCUUGUUUUGGGGUUUGCUUGGAGUCUCCCUGCUUGAUCUGUGUUUCUUCUGUAUCGAGAGGAACAGGUAGAAGUCAAACAAACCAGAUUUCUCAGCAGUUCCGACAUUUUUGGAAGAAAGAUUGGAACUUUUGUAGCAAAAUAACUGAAUGAUUGCAAAAACCAGGGAACGGUAAAAUAAAACAGCGCUCGCCUUUUCAGUACAAUAUUCUGCCACUUAAAACUGGAACUUGUUUUUUAUUUAAAACUAAAAUAUUGUACCAACAAAUGCAGUGCAGUCAGUGUUGUCGGGAGCCAUAGUUAAGAGAUGGUGCUGUUUGUGUUCUGCCUUAAAAAGAGAAUGCAAGUGUAACGGCAUCACGGGUCCAAUAGAAGCCACGAGCACACUCAUUAUAACCAGUUCCACAGUUUAAAGAGUAUCCUUAUAAUGAAGGAGCAAUGUAGCAUUCAAGUGCAAAUCUAAUUUAAAAGAAGCUACAUUGGUACGGUGAAAAACCUUGGAAAAGAUAUCAGAAAUGGUAUCCCAGUUAUUCUCAUUUUUUUAAACUUAUAAGCUUACAAGUACUGAAUUGGGGAAUAUAUACUGUGUGUGAAUUCAUACAUUGAUUUUUGCAAAAACAAAAUAAAUAAAAUAAACCAUAAUUUUUUAGUGGCAGAAUUCCCAUAGGAGAUAGUGGAAAAUCACAGGCUUUCAUUCACAAAAUCCUUACAAAUCGGAAUAUGGGGUUCUCUUAGUAGAAUUAAUUAAGCUUUUCACUUAUGGGAGAGGUCAUAGGAACUAAAACGUAGACAUGGCUUUGUGACAUGGGUAAGCAAUAUUUGUAGUUUGAAGUAAGCACCAAAGUGAAGGAUCUCUAGUAAAUGGAGGUUGUUGUUUCAAAACAAUGGAACUGCACAAAAGGAAACACUGGAAAUGACUCACUUUCUUGCACUAGAUAAAGGGAAUAUAUGACAAGUUUAUUGUAAAAUAUUGUCUAAACAGCAUUUUGUAUUAUGCACAACACUUUCAAAUCAAUAGCUUCUUCAAAUGAAGGUUAGUAAUAAGUCAGUGCCUUAUGAAUAAUCUUUUUUUUUUUCCAUCUGUAAAUGUAGCACAGAUAAAGAUGUAUUUUUGUGUGGUUUAUGUUCUUUAAAUAAAAAUCUUUAAGAACGUCUUGUAAAUGUAAUCUGUUAAAUCAUUAAUCAGCUCCUUCUUUGCAAAAUAAAUAAAUGUACAUAAACCCUGUUUUGUUGU